AUGUUCAAGUUAUCACCUCGUAGGAAUCAGAGAAAUAAAGGAUUUAAGGUGAAACACGCUCUGCAGAUAUGUCUACUGCUUGGUGUUUGCUUCUGGCUGCUUUAUCAGCACUCCCACAAUAAGAAGACAUCAUAUGGAGAAAGCCGAAACAUCUUAGAGAAGGUACAGAACGAGAAUGCUUUUAAUAUGGGGAGAAAGGGCUUUUUACCUCGAGAAACCAAGCUUGAAGGGCAUGAACUUGACCAAGAGAAAGGAGAGGAAGGUGAUAACAGGGGGGAUCUUGUAGAUGGAGAUAAGGAAACAGAAGAAAGCAGAGAGGAGACAAAAGAAGGGGAAAGGGAAGAGAACAGAGAGAAAGAAACUAAAGAGGAGAUAAAUGAAGAGGAAAGGGAAAAGGAAAACAAAGAGGAAAGAGAAGAGAACAGGGAGAAGGAAGGCAAUAACGAGGAUGAAGAAAGCAAAGUGAAGGAAAGUGACGAAAAAGAGAGUGGUGAGGAUAGAAAGGGGGAUGGUGAAGAGAAGGUAACUAAAGAGGAGAAGAGAGAAGAAAGCAAAGAAGAGCAAAGUGGAGGGGGGAUUGGCCAAGAUAAAGAGGAGGAAAGCAUUGACAAGGAGCAUGAACAAAAGGAUAUGACCGAAGAAAAGCUGGAGAGCAAACAGAAUGUAAGAGAAGAGACCAGAGAAAAUGAGAGUGAAGAGAAGGAUGUCAAAGAGGAGGAGGCAGAAGGCAAAGUUAAUGAAAAUCGAGAGACCAAAGGAAAGGAGAGUGAAAAUAAAGAAGUUAAGGACGAAGAAAAGAACCAGAGCGAAGAGAGGCAAAAGAGUGACACUGAAGAAAAAGAAAAAGAAGAUAGCAAAGAGGAGGAAACUAACACGGAGGAUUCAGGUUCAUCGGAGGAUCAGGUUAAUCACAGAAGUGACGGGAAGAAUGAAGGUGCAAAAGAGGAAAAUCACGAGGGAGAGAAUGCCUCUGGUGAAGUGGUCCAGGACUUCCAGACUGUAAUCAAAACUGAGAAAGGAUAUAUGGAUAGCACAAAUGAGGGACAGCAGAAUGAUUCUUUUAAUGUGACAUUGACCGAGGGGAAGGAUAGUGAGAACAAUUUACAGGAGACGGGGGAAGGCUCCAAUCCUAAUAUAUCUGGGACAACAGAAUCUAACGAACAGCAUGAAGAGAGUGGUACCUCCAUCACUGAUGCCACUCAAAAUCAAAACAAAACAGUAGAUUUCACAAUUCCUACUGAAGAGAACACACAAACUGUUUUAAAGAUGCAAUCUGAGGGAACAGAGAAUGGUUCAGUAGAUUCAACUGGAAAUGAGAAUAAUGACACAGUUCAGAGGCAGAAGUCAGAUACCAAUUCUGAAACGGAAGAAGAAGAAAAGAGUAAAUUCUUGAGUGAACAUGAAAACACAGAUUUAGGCCAAAACACAUCCGCAGAUGAGAAAGAGGCAUCUUCAAGCACAAAUGAAAACUCUGAUGCCGGACAGCAUGAUCAAGUUGACUCAUCCAGCUCUUUGAUUCCCCAAGAAGAGAAAGAUGCUCUGACUGACUUGGCAACUUUGCCUGAUGCAGGAACUGAAGGGAGCAACCAUGAAGAUGCAGUUGCAAAGUGAUAUGCUUAUGAGUUGGUGUAUUCGCCAUUAAUAUUCAUCAAUGUUUUGCUUAACAUUCUUUUUUAUUUCACUUAGUUUAGUUGCAAAGGUUAACACGCAAAUAUGUGAACUUUUGUUGCUUCCUAGUUGAUGCCUCGUAAUGCAAUACCAUUUUACGAAGGCUAUAAUGCCAACUUUUGCACAAAAAAUUCAGUUGGACAUUUAAGAAUUUUAUCUGAAC